AUGGGAAGAGCUCCCUGUUGUGAUAAGGCAAAUGUGAAGAAAGGGCCAUGGUCUCCUGAAGAAGACUCAAAGCUGAAGGAUUACAUUGAAAAUUAUGGGACUGGUGGGAAUUGGAUUGCACUCCCUCAGAAAGCUGGGUUAAAGAGGUGCGGAAAGAGUUGCAGAUUGAGAUGGUUAAACUACUUAAGACCAAACAUCAAACAUGGUGAAUUUUCCGAUGAAGAGGAUAGGAUCAUCUGCACCUUGUUCGCUAACAUUGGAAGCAGGUGGUCAAUUAUAGCAUCACAGUUACCAGGGAGGACAGACAAUGACAUAAAGAACUAUUGGAACACAAAGCUUAAGAAAAAACUCAUGGGUAAUUCAAUUCAGAUUCCUUCUCCAUUAUCAUCAUCAUCAUCUUCAUCACCAAACCCAUUUCCGACCACACUUUUUCAUCAUCAAACCCUACCAAAUCUUCUACCAUCUCUCCCAUCCUCAUUUGUCUCUCCACAUCUUAUAAUUACCGACGGUUACAACAACAACAACAGCGCAACUACUGCUAUUAGCGACGGUUACAACGGUUUAUUUCCCCAAAAUCAUGUCCAGGCUCAGCAGCUUAUCAUGUUCGGAGGUGAUCAACAACAAAGUCAUCAUCUUUUUCAGAAUUAUCAAGAGGGCAAUUUGGGAAUAAGUUGUCUUCCAUAUCAGGGCACUUUCUCAAGCUCACCAUCAAAUAAUUAUCAUGAUCAUAAAGGGGAUAACUUGCAGAAAUUCAUCCUUCACAACUAUAGUAGCAACAUCCAGAAAGGGUAUUUUGGGGAUAACAGUAGUACCACAGAUAUUACUAAUGGAGAAAUGGCCGAUUGCUAUGAUCAUGUUGAGGAAAUGAAGCAGCAGAUGAUCAUCAACAACAGUAUGUACUACAACAACAACCACAGCUAUUGA